AUGAACUCAUUAAAAGUACCUAAUAGCCAGUCCACUCGCCCUGAAAUACAGAAUAUCAAAAAGAAUUUAUACAAGGUCCGUUCUAGAUCUCCAAUUAGAAAAAAACUGACACCAUGGAAAAAAUUGCUCUACUUACAGCAGCCUUAUCCAGAUAACUACACCAAUGAAUCUUUCCUCGCUCAGUUAAAGAGAAAUACUACCGUUUUAAAAUAUUCGUACUGGAAGUUAGUCGAUGACUUCACAUUAAUUGCAUUUCAUUUGUCCAAUCUAUUGCUAGUAAUUUUAGUGUUUACGGGUGUUUAUUUGCAAUAUUGGAAUUCGAUUUGGCCAACCCUAAUGAGCAGCUGCUGUUCUAUCAUAGGAUUCAUAGCAUGGGAUCAAAUCAAUAAUUCAUUAGCUGAUCAAAAAAAUUUGGGGUCUCACCCAAUUCCAAAAUCUUCACCAGCCCUAUCUUCUGGACCCAAGCCUAAAGUCAAAUCCUUUCUAAUCAUUAUUUUCAUUAUCUUGUUGCUAUCUCCUGUUUUAAAGUCUCUAACGAAGUCUACGUCGUCCGAUUCUAUUUGGGCCUUAUCGCUUAUUUUAUGCCUAGCAAAUACAAUUUUCCAUGACUAUGGUGUUAAUACUUCAAGCAGCCAUUAUAUGCCUAUAAUAUCUACUAAUAUAUCAUUAUCCAAUGCUAUAGUGCUUGCAUCACGGCUCAAUUCUACAGUACAGGUGUUUUGCUUCAUAUUAUUUGCUAUACAGAUAAAUAUCCUUUUACCACUUUUUGAUUUCAGUAUAAGGAAGCAUUUAAGAAGCAAAUAUUACCACAGAUGUUUAGUCCUAUCCGUAUCAAGUGUCGUGUAUUAUUUAAUUUCCAUCUUAAUAGGGUUUAAUGCUUUAAUCGUGUGGAUACUAAUUCAGGUAGGAAUAGCCUUCAUAAUGCCUAAUUACUUCUUGUUCCUUCAGAAAUACAAGAACGAGCUACAAGGUCCUUGGGAUAUAGCUAAGCCUAUUCUUAAUGCUAGCUAG